AUGUCUGCCACUGCCAGCGUGAGUGUAGAGCCUUCAUAUCAGAAGGAACAAUAUCCAGACUGUACGAGAUGUAAAAAUCCGAUAACAACAGGUCACGCAUAUGAAUUAGGUUAUGACAGGUGGCACACGCACUGCUUUUCCUGUUACAAAUGUGAGAAGCCACUAAGUUGUGAUUCUGAUUUCCUUGUUUUGGGAACAGGAGCGCUGAUCUGUUUUGAUUGUUCAGAUUCCUGCAAGAACUGUGGUAAGAAAAUUGAUGAUUUAGCGAUUAUACUAUCUUCCUCUAAUGAAGCCUACUGCUCUGAUUGUUUUAUAUGUUGCAAAUGUAGCAAAAAGAUAGAAGAUUUGAAAUAUGCCAAGACGAAACGAGGUCUCUUUUGCUUAAGCUGUCAUAAGAAGCUCCUAGCGAAGAGGAAAUAUUAUGAAGAGAAACGAAGGAGAUUAGAAAAGAAUUUACCAGUUCUACCCAAUAAUCUAAACAAUAAUAGUGAUACCAGCAUUCCUUUAACGAUACCAGAUAGAUCACCUGAUCGACCAGCUUCUCCAACACAGAGCGUACAAAGUAACAUCCCUGCCAUCAUUACAUCUACUUCUGAAAGUAUAGUUGCACAGUAUCUCGAUGAUAGUAAGGGGGAAGAAGAAGAGGGAGAGAACGAAGAGGAAGAGGAAAGAGAAGGUGAGGAAGAAGAAGGAGAGGAAGAAGGACAAGCGAAAAUAAAUCAUAUCAGGAGCAUUUCAAUUGACGAAGUUCUGAAUGCAACGUUACAGGAUGAAGAAACUUCAAGUAAAACGCAAGAUGAUCCAUUGCUACUUUCUCCACCACUUUCAAAGACGGAAUAUAUGAAUUAUUCACCUCUUAGAAGCUCUCCUUUCAAUGGCGGAGUUCUUCGUUCGCCAAACAGAAAUGGGAUGAUCCUAAAUUACAAUGAAGAAGAUUCCGGAAGCAGCGAAGACUCUGAAUCUCAAGCUAGAAUAAACUUUUCCAACAAUAAAUCUCUCUUCGAUAGCCUACAACCAUUCAAAAAAGACCAAACUUUGAAGUCGUUGAAAAAAUCAACUUCAUCUAAUCAAAUUGCAAUUUCAGGUGAUACACAUUCAGGUUGGGGUGUUGUGCAAUCAAGUUCCCAGGAUAUACGUUCACGAAGGAUAGAAUCAAAGGGUCAAAGCGAUUCUACAAUUUAUACUAUGUUAGACAAGGUACGGGGCCCUGAAAAACCUCAAGCUAAUGUCUCUGCAUUUCGUACUCCUCCGAUUGACAGGAUUGGCAGACACAGUAAAAAUCCCAGUUGGACUAAUUAUUUUAACGAAGAUAUAGAUGAGAAAAAGGUGAUAAAAACCCAAGACCUUUUUGAUAGAUUAAGGAGGGACGUUGAAAUUUUAGAGAUAACCAAACAGGAACUAUUGCAAGAUAUCAGUAAACUAAGACAGGAGAAAAUCAGUGUAAUUGAAGAUUUGAAGACUUUAAAAUCAGAAAGAGAAUCAAGUCAAUCCUCUAAAGGAUGGAACAGCACUUCGAUCGAUGAUCGACCUCAGUCACCUCAAAAAAACGCGCUAGUUACAAGUAUCGCUAGACCUGCAACAAAACCUAAAUUUUGGAAGUUUUUUUCCUCAUCUUCAUCAUCGUCAGGAUCGUCACCAACCCAACAUGGUAAUAUUCUAAGCAUAUCUCAACCAUCCCCUCUUUCUUUAAAUUCAAACCCACUCUCGAAUGGGAAGCGUAACUUGGAAAUAUCUGGCCCAAUGAUACAAAAUCCUAAUGAAUUCAAAGAUUUAAACCUUAAGGCAAUCCAGCAACCAUUGCUAUCUGCUCCGACUACAAGUUCCGAUGGCCAAGACCUAUACAAUUCCACGCUUGUUCAGCGAUGCGUGUAUGAAAAUGCUGAUAUUCCAAAAAUUAUAACUACCUGCAUAAAUCACAUCGAAUCAGACGAAGAAAAUUUGAGAGUUGAAGGUAUUUAUAGAAAAUCAGGGUCUCAAAUUACAAUAGAACUUGUUGAAAGUCAAAUGGCCUCUGACCAAUUUGAAAUCAUCGAUUUUAAUGAGAUUGAUAUUCAUGCUAUCACAAGCGUACUUAAACGUUACUUGAGAAAACUUCCUAAUCCAGUAUUCUGCUUUGAUAUUUAUGAUUCUAUAAUAGAUGUGAUUAGAGAAAAUGAUAUGAUCUCAAAAUAUCCAAUUGGUAAGAGUAGUACUCAAAAUAUGGAGGAUGGUGUCAAACUAAUCAGGCGAGUACUAGAACGGUUACCACAAGAACAUUUAAACCUUUUGCAUUUAUUAUCACGCCAUGUCAAUUUGGUCAACAAGUAUAGUGAAUGGAAUCUUAUGCAUAUAAAAAAUUCAUCCCUUGUCUUCGCGCCAGGCCUCAUUAGAGAUCUUACGGGAGAAAAAGAUAUUAUAGACAUGAAAGAAAGAAAUUACGUCGUAGCAUUCAUAUUCGAAAAUUAUAAAAGACUCUUUCAGUAA